GUUCAGCAGCCUGUUCCUCGUCAAAAUCCUCCUUUAGCAAAUUUCCGGCUGCAGACAGGCCACUGCCACGUACUUCAAAGAGUACGCACUGCUCCCUCGGCCACUUCGACAUUGCCCAUCACCGAGGACUACAAUAAGCUGGCCCAAAGUAUCAGCGAUCAAGGCAAAAAGCUCGCGGAACCCACCACCGGCGACUCCGUAGAGUGCCUGGAGUGUGAUCUUGAUGGCGAGUCGAGCAAAUACCGCUCUCUCUUAAAUGCAUGGCGGUUAGUUCGCGACUGGGAGCCCGAGCUGGCUAAGCUCAACGGUUUUGAAUACGAGUACGGGAGGCCCAUGGACAACGGAAAGCUUGAUGUCAGUUACGAUAGGUGA